CAGUCGGCGCGCCGCCACAGAGCUGGGCGGAAGCAUGUCUGCCGGCCGGGCCAAAAAAGUGAAGAUGGCUACCAAAUCGUGCCCCGAGUGCGACCAGCAGGUUCCUGUUGCGUGCAAAUCCUGUCCGUGUGGCUACAUCUUUAUCAGUCGGAAGCUCCUGAAUGCCAAACGUUCUGAGAAGCUACCAUCCUCUGCAGAAAGCAGAAGUGAUGCUAAGAGAAGGCGCACGGAGAGAGUCAAAAGGGAGAAGAUCAAUCCCGCGGUAAAUAAAGACUUAGAAAACAGGAAAAGAUCCAGAUCGCACAGUCAGUCAGAUCACAGCCGAAGAGGAAGAGGAAGGCCCAAGGCGGCGUCAUCUAAGAAGCACGAUGAAGAAAAAGAGAAACAAGAAAAAGAAGUGGACAUGUACGCCAACCUCUCGGACGAAAAAGCAUUUGUAUUUUCUGUGGCCUUGGCAGAAAUAAACCGAAAAAUUAUCAACCAGAGGCUGAUUCUUUGAUGCUGCAGCGGUGACCUCUGCAUGCCCUGCUGUUGGAAACGCAAGUGGUGCAUUUUCAGAUCUUCCAUGGCCUCUCAGGCAGUGAAUGCUGUUACCCUGCGUCGGUCGAGGUCAUUUCGUGGGGUUUACACCCCUCUCCCUGGCUGAAUCUCUGCCGCUUGUGAUCGCUUUCGAAGCCGGCCGAUGGUCAAGAGGCAAAAAGGACCAGCUCUUUGCUUUGUGGCAGGGGCAGGGGGUGGGGGGGGGCAGAUGUCAGAAGCAACCAUCCUUUUCAUUCUGCUGAAGCAGCUGGAAGAAUCUCCCAAGAGUUUUUUGCACACCGAUCCACUUCAAACCGCAGUGUGUUUUAAUUUAAACUUCAGCUUCAACUGCUGAUUUUCAGUUUGCAUCGAACUUUUCUGUGUAUAUAGUCAAUCUUAACCUGUACAUAGGUUGAUAACCCUGGCAUUUUCCUUUAAUCCACCGAUUGCGACACCAACUGGUGGGUUUAAGUCAAACUUAUUAUUAUUAUUAUUAUAUAAUACGUUAUUGGUUGAAGCGUCUUUCUGCAUUGUUCUAAACUUGACCAAAUGGACGUGUCAGACUAUAACCAUAGAAACACACGGGAAUAAAUUGCGUCGAACUCAUUGGGAUGGGAGUCAGCAGGCCUAUACUCUGCUGAUGGGCUUUGAUAAAAACUUAUUUUAUACAGCCUUUGGUUUUGGGGUUUUAAAAUCCUGUAAUCCAGGACUUAUUUUAGUUGGCACCGGAUCAACAAAAAGCUCCUGUCUAGGAUUUCAUAUGGAAAUUGUCUUACUAAAUUUGUUUUGCAUUAGCAGUGUUGCAACGCCUCCAUGUCAAUUAAAAGAAUUUGAAUAGAAGCAUCACAUGUUUGCGGUUGCAGUGAAAUAAGAGAGACUAUUUUGCUUCCUUCGUAGCAAUUAAAUCGAUUAACUAAAGCUCACAUUUCGGUUCCCAAAUGCUGCUAAACUAUGUUUGUAUAAAUAUGAGACAAUAUAUCACAUGGCAUCAUCUCAACGGCAGUUCUGAUGUUGGGACACAAUGCAGUUUCAUUUUGAUGUUCUUGUUUUGAUUUUUUGAAUGGGAAAUCCUCAAGUCUUCUCCAGAAAUAUUCAGAAAUCG